UGACCACAAACCAGAAGGCCCCUUAGCAGUGCGCGUGAAACUGAUCUGCAGCAGCGACCGCAGAUUAGGCGCUUUCAGAGCUCUCUCUUUUCACUGCCGAAUCCACACUUUGAUCAGUUCCAUCCAAAAUCCCUUCCAUUUCCUUGGUCUUUUCAAAUCCAAUAAUCCACCCCCCUUUUCUAUCCUAUAAUUCCUUCUCGUUUUUUUCUGAAACGAAUCAUUUUACCUUUGCGUCAAGACAUGUAAAUAGUAACACUAGAAAGCGAAAAAAAAACCUCCUCUUUUUCUCUGCUCAUCUCUUUCCUGUCAUUUUCUCGCUGCUCUUCUUUGGCACUCCAUUAUUGUACGGCCUUUUUUCCUGUUUUUUCUUCGUAGAUUCCUCUUGUUCUUUGCUGCAUUGCUCCUUUUUCGUCACUGUCGGACCCUUUUCAUUGCUUUGUUAAACUUAAUGGCUCUUUCCAUUUCUCUUUGUUCUUCAGUAGGUUUAGCUUUUUCUUUAGUAGGUUGGAUUUGGAAUGGGGUUGGUUUUGAUUGUUUGUCAAGAUGAUUAAAACAUAAACUUUUUUUUUUCUGGUUGUUAGGUUUUUUUUUUGGAUUUUUAAUAAUUUUCUGGGUAUUUAUUUUUUGAGUGUCGGUGGUAAGAAAAAUGAAUGAACAAACGGGGAAAACGCCGUCAUCUCUGGCUAUAACGGAGAAGAAGCCUCAUAGGUCUGGUGGUUGUGUUGGCAUUUUCUUUCAACUCUUUGAUUGGAACAAAAGAUUUGCGAAGAAGAAACUUUUCUCGAGAAAAUUACUCCCUCCUACUCGUACCAAAGCUUCAAAGAGCUUUGGAGGAGAUGAAAAAAUGCCCAAAUCCAAGCUGCAUUUGAUUGCUGAUGAGAACAGUGGGGGUUUUCCAAAUGUGAAGAAAAAUGGGAAACACUUUAGUAGUGAAGUGGAUCAAAAGCAUGAAAUGAAAGCUCCUGGUUUGAUUGCUAGGCUAAUGGGAUUAGAAUCCAUGCCAGCUUUGAAUAGAGAUAAGUCUCAUAAGAAGUCCAAGAUUUUAGGUAGUAAUCCUGAUGCUAAAGAUGAGAAAAUUGUGAUUUCUCAAUGUGGGAACAGUGGGAAAGAUUUGGAUUUAGCUAAGGGUAGCUCGAAAAUCGAGCCUCGACCUCAGAAGAUUCAGAAAAUAGGGCCAUAUGAUAGACGGAUGGUCACUAGAUUUGGAGCUGAGGCGUUGCAAAUUAAGAGUGUUCUGUUGCGAUCGAAGAAGCAUCAUCAUCAUCAUCAUCAAAAGUUUGUUUCUCCGAUUAAGAGUCCAAGGAUUUCUUCUGCGCGCAAUGCCUCUAGGACAUCGAGGUUGAUCGAUGCAGCUGCAAAAAUUUUGGAACCAGGGUUGCAAGCUACUAGUAGAUCGAAAUAUACUCUUGCUUAUCCGAGUCCUACUUCUUAUUCAAGUAAGAAUGAGGUUGUAACUGAGGCAAUUGUUUCACCAGAUAUGUUGGAACAAUCUGCUUGUAAUGCUAGUGCUGGUAAGUCUUUGGUUGGCCCAACAUCAUGCAAGAACUGUGGCAAUUUGCUCGAUGUUGUGGAGUCUAGAGCAAAGUUGGAGGAUCAGCAGUUUGUUUGUCUGUCCUCUGCGCCAAAUUUUGUAGAUGCUUCUUUGCAUGGAUUAGAAAAGAGUUGGCCAAGGUCUUCCCCGACCUUGUUCGAUCAAGGGAAAGAGGUAACUUUUCAGAGAAGCCACGACCAACCAUUAUCUUUUACUGGUCAAGAAGAGGACAUUGUUCAGUCUGGUAAUGAACCUGAUACAUUUAGAAAAGACCCUAGAGCUCAAGCUCAAUGGCAUUCAACAAGUCAACCUGGCAAAUUUCAAAAGAAUGAAAAGUCUCCUGUUGGUUUCAAGCCGAGGAAUCAAAGUCAGAAUCAUAUAUCGUUAGACAGGGAUAGAAUCCCGGCAAAGGCUAAACUAAGUACUCUUCGAAGUAGGAAAGCUGCUUCUGGUGCAAAUGCUGUUGGUGGGGUCAAAGAUUUUGUUGCCCUGAACAGAAGCUUAAGUAGUCACACCCGACAUAGAGUGCCAGUCAAAGUGGAUAGCUCUCCUGUUGACAUCGAGAGAAAAUCUUGCAGUGGCCAAGAUGAUUCCUUGUCUCAGUUAAGGUCUCCGGUAAGAAAGAGGAGAACACAUAUUGUUAAUGGGCAAGCUGAAACUGAAGGUUUCAUCAAUCCAGCAAUUGGAAAAGAAAGAAACAGUAAAUGCAAACCGGUGACUAGACGAGAAAUGGUACAUGGAGCUUGUAGUGUAGAUCAGACAUGUUCUAAAAGCAGAUCAACGUGCCGAGAAACUGGUAAGGGAGCCAAGGACAAAAAUGAUACAGAUAUUAUUUCUUUCACAUUCAGUUCUCCAUUAAAGCAAAAGCACAGCAUUUCCACAAAACUGAAGGAUAAAAGAAAGGACCAAAAUGAAAGCAUUGCCCUCCAAAGAAGUGAAAUGACGGAAAACAAUUAUGGAGAAACAUCUUUGCCGAAGAACAUGACACUAACAGGAGAUGCUUUAAGUGUUCUUUUGGAACAAAAGUUGAAGGAAUUGACCUCUCAAGAGGAGGAUGAGCAGAAGACCGGCUGUACUCUACCAAAGAGAUCCACUGCCAUGAUUCUGCAGGAGCUAAUUUCUGCUUUAACUUCAGGGAAGGCUAACUCUCGGAAUGGUCACCUUUUCAGUUCAGAUAUUGGUUCCAAGACUGAAGCAAAGGCUGAAGGGACUUUAGUCGGGUAUACUAGCCAUGGUGAUCAUUUUAGUCCUGGUUCUGUUCUUGAAGCUUCAUUUUCGAAUGAUAGUUGUGUUUCCAGCAGCCUUGACGAAAGCUUAGGACAUAGGUUACAACCAGAUUCCAUGGGUUACUUGUACAAUGAACCACAACCAAUGGAACCCGAUGCGGAUCUUCUGGAUUCUGCAACUUCAUUGGACAAAGUGACAAAUGUUAGUGAGAUAAUCAUCGAUCUUGUCAACCGAAUAUUUGUUUUGAUGCAUGUUGUCAGUAACUUUGCUCUUGGAUUAUCCGAUGACAAGCUUAUCCAUUGUAAGGAGGUUAUCUUAAAAGCUGAACUGUUGUUCGGAAAUUUGACUCCCUGGGAUUUGGAUGGGACAGAUGAUUUUUUCUUGGCACCCUAUAUACACGAAGAAGUUGAAACUCUUGUAGCUGCCAUGCGGGUAGAUUUUAAAUCUGUUCUUGGUAUUGAACAGAUCAAAGAAAACUAUCAGCUUAGAGGAUUUCUUUUUGACUGUGCAAUAGAGUGUAUAGAUUCCAAAUACAGUCGUUAUUGUAACUCCGGAUUCAGAGCAUGGGGAAGUCUUCCAUAUUGCAUGAACUCAGGAAAGCUGAUUCGAGAUGUUGCAGAUGAAGUUAGAAGGUGGACAAAACUGGCUGGGAUGGUACCUGAUGAACUAAUAGAAUGGGAGAUGAGUUAUUCACUUGGGAAAUGGACAGAUUUUGAUAUCGAGGCAUACGAAACUGGUGCUGAAAUGGGCUGGGAUAUUGUUCAAACUUUAGUUGAUGAAAUGGUAGACGACCUGGUUUCCUCUUGAAUUGCAUACAUGCCGCAUGAUCUGUGAGUAUCUUUUGUAAAUCAUGUUGACAUGCUAUCUCACUGAAUUAUAUUUUCCAUUUCUGAUAAAAAAACAAGCUGGUAAAUUUGUAAAAAUGGGACCAUGUUACUCUUUGACUUUUUCAUUUCCCACGAAUUAUCUGUGUCCGAGUAACAUUGGAGUAUUGGAAUAUUGUAUGAGCAUUUGUACCUGUAUAAUCUUUCAUCUUCAAUGUAACUUUUAACUCCUGUAACAAAUGAUUAGCCUGAAGAACUACUCAUUAAUAGUUGCCUAAA